AAACAAUUAGCUGUCAUUUCGAUCAGCUGUGAGAGGGAGACAGCACCAACAAGGUCUUUCAAAGUUGAACAGACAUGGCUCGUUUCCUGAUCCAUCACCUGAAUUUCCUGCUGAUCAGCAUGCUGGCCUGUCAGUGUCCUGCAGUCAGCGGGCUGUUUGAGUGGCUGAAGGGGACGGCUGCACCUCCAGCAGCGGCACCAGCUCCUCCGCCUGCAGCAGAAGUUCCAGCACUUCUUGCAAACGAUGCUCAGUUCGAGAUGGCUACUGCAGAUGAGAAGUUUUUGGCCGAGGCAAAGCAAAUGGAGCUCAGCCCAUUAGACAGCUGUCAUUACAGGGUGGUCGCUCGGCUGAAGGCGAGCUGUGAAAGCCUCCCAGAGGAGCAGCUUGCAAAGCUCGGAGUCGUGCUGUUUAACUGUCAGGCAGAGAUCGAGGGGCGCCAGACCUUUCCAUGUACAGAGGAAAUGACUAUAAAAGAGUGUACAGCCGACAUGGAUUCAGACACAUGGAAUGCUUACCACAUCGUGAGCAACAGAGCACGCUCCGUUUGCUACGCAACUCGCCAGCAGCUCUUCCGGCGCAGAGCUGAGCACACUGUCAACGCUCUCAUCUCCACAGCCACAAGCCAACUCAGUGCAAUGAAGGACCUGAAGGAGGGCCAGCUGGAACUGAAGGAACUGACCGCAGCCUCCUUGGACAAGCUGCUGCACGGUCACAGUGCUCUGCAGUCCCAACAGGACAAACUGUAUGAGGGCCAGGAGCACAUGGAGACUUCACUGAGGGACAACCUGGAGCGCCUGGGCCAGGAGAAAGCCCUCAUCGCCUCUGGACAGGAACUGGUAGCGCAGCUCAUUCAGGGCAUUACAAAGAGAAUGGAGAAUGUGAGCGAGCAUCUGCAGAUCCAGGGCUCAGAGGUGCAGGACAGCCACAAGGCGAUCGUUAAGGACCUCGCAGAUGUCAGACACCAAGCUCAGGACAUCCACCAAAAGAUUGACCACAGUAUGAUGGAGUUUCUGCAGUACCAGGACCAGACCUCACAGUACUACACUGACCUCAUGAACAAACUGGAGCGCAUGAACAGCACCCUGGGAGCCACACUGCACUUCCUGGAUAACAUGCAGAGCCGGAUUGAGGAGAGGCUGCACAUGAUCCAGGGCUACCUGGGCUGGGCAGGUUUGAGCCUGACAGCCAUGUGGACAUGUGUUGCACAUACCAGCUACUUUGUCCUGUGCGCAGUCCUGCUGACGUUCCUGCGCUGCCCAGGUUUCUCUCGAGCCAUGCUGCUGCUCACCGUGCCUCUUAAUGCAGUGGCCGAGGUCAACCAGCAGCCGGCGCUGGAUCUCACCGGCCUCACCCUGCUGCUGCUCAUUCUCUCUCUGGGUCACUGGGUUUUGAAUCAGUUGUGGGCCUACUUCAAAAUGAGAGGAAAACCAGCCGCUCCGCUGCCACUGGCCCCAUGUGAAAUAGUGGAGCCAAUGACGCAGUCAGUCCCAUCCUGCCAAUCAUAUCCACCAUCCUCUACACCACAGAAAGAUGAAAGUGAUGGCCUCAUGGAGCAAGACGACCUGUUGAAUCAGGACAGCUUCAUUUUAGGUAACCUUGGCGUGUCCGCAGUGUCCCCCCCUCAGAGGAAGCCAAUAUAUGAGUCCAGGUUUACUCCGAUUAUCAAAACCCCCAGUCACUCCACUCCCAGGCUUCUGCCACAGCCAGUUCUUUCUGCGGCUCUCCUUGCUGAUAUGCCCCCAAGGAACCUGGGAGGUGUUUUUGAUGCCGUGAACGACUCCCAUGAUUUUAUGAGCGACUCUCGCAGUGCGAGUCCGACCCCAUCAGUAGUCAGCAACAGCUCUCUAUCAGGCCGUCAGCUGUGCAAUGGUAUCACAAAAACAGGGAAGGCCUGUAAGAAGAGAGCCGUGCCGGGACAGGAGUACUGCAGAGUCCAUGAAGCAGGGCUCACCUCCUAUGUUGUUACAUGAGCUUUCAGCUUUUUUAAGACUACAAAUGUUUAAAAUAUUUUUUUUUAUAGCCAUGUUUUUAACUGUUCAUUUUUAAGUAAAUCCAUGUUUUGUGUAUUCAGAGCUAUUUUUGUUUGCUUGAGA